GUUCAGAGGACUGUCGGCCAGCAACAGAAGCAGCACCAGCGGCGGAGAAUCCGUAGGGAGGGAGAAAAGCAGAGAAAGGCGACACUAACGUGGAUUAAUCCUCAACGCUGCAGCGCGUUUCGACAGAUUUGCUCCAUCGUUGUUCCAUAACGUGAGGCAAAGAUGGCAAUGCAAAUGGGCGAGCCAGACAGCGGCAUGGUGAAGGUGGCAGAGUGGCAGCAGACCAUGUACAGCAUGGAUUCAGGCAUCCAGUCCGGAGCCACCACGCUCCGGGACGACGAUGGAGAGUAUGUGACCUCCAAGCACUACACCACCACGACCACAGUGACCAGAGAAGAGCCUGACCUGGGCGCCCAGCUGAACAUGACCAGAGCGCAGCGGGUGCGGGCCGCCAUGUUCCCCGAGACAAUGGAGGCGGGCACCACCAUCCUGUCCACCCAGACGGACCCGUCCCAGAUGACCAACGUCCAGAAGCUGGCCGAGCCGUCGCAGAUGCUCAAGGCGGCCAUCGUCCAUCUGAUCAACUACCAGGACGACGCGGAGCUGGCCACCAGGGCCGUGCCCGAGCUCACCAAGCUGCUCAACGACGAGGACCCGGUGGUGGUGAGCAAGGCAGCGCAGAUCGUCAACCAGCUGACGCGCAAGGACGCGCCGCGUCGCGCCCUCAUGCAGUCGCCUCUGAUGGUGGCGGCCGUGGUGCGCGCCAUGCAGAACACCAGCGACAUGGAGACCACGCGGGCCACCGCCAGCAUCCUGCACAACCUGUCGCACCAGAGGGAGGGCCUGCUCGCCAUCUUCAAGUCUGGAGGCAUCCCCGCGCUGGUCCGCAUGCUCAGCUCUCCCAUCGAGUCCGUGCUCUUCUACGCCAUCACUACCCUCCACAACCUGCUGCUGCACCAGGAGGGCGCCAAGAUGGCCGUGCGCCUGGCGGACGGCCUCCAGAGGAUGGUCCCCCUGUUGAAGAAGAGCAACCCCAAGUUCCUGGCCAUCACCACAGACUGCCUGCAGCUGCUGUCCUACGGCAACCAGGAGAGCAAGCUGAUCAUCCUUGCCAAUGGGGGCCCUGAAGGUCUCGUUCACAUCAUGAGAACCUACAGCUACGAGAAGCUGCUGUGGACCACGAGCCGAGUCCUUAAAGUCCUGUCUGUGUGUCCCAGCAAUAAGCCUGUCAUUGUAGAGGCUGGUGGGAUGCAGGCUCUGGGCAAACACCUCACGGGCUCCAGUCCACGUCUGAUGCAGAAUUGCUUGUGGACCCUCAGGAACCUCUCUGACGCUGCCACUAAGCAGGAGGGCAUGGACAGCCUGCUGCAGGUGCUGGUGCAGCUGCUGGGCUCCGACGACAUCAACAUGCUCACCUGCGCCACCGGCAUCCUGUCCAACCUCACGUGCAACAACGCCUACAACAAGAGCCUGGUGACCCAGAGCAACGGCAUCGAGGCUCUGAUCCACGCCACGCUGCGCGCCACCGAGAAGGAGGACGUGACCGAGCCCGCCGUGUGCGCUCUGCGUCACCUGACCUCGCGCCACGGGCAGGCGGAGGUGGCGCAGCACGCCGUGAGGCAGCACUACGGCAUCCCCGCCGUGGUCAAGAUGCUCAACCAGCCCUACUACUGGCCUGUGAUCAAGGCCGUCGUCGGCCUGAUCCGUAACCUGGCCCUGUGUCCGGAGAACCAGGCCCCUCUGAGGGACGCUGGAGCCAUCCCCCGCCUGGUGAACCUGCUGGUCAAAGCCCACCAGGACGCUCAGAAGCACGGCUCCUCUGCACAGCAGACGUACCAGGAUGGAGUGAGGAUGGAGGAGAUCGUGGAGGGAAGCACUGGAGCGCUGCACAUUCUGGCCCGAGAUCCCAUUAACAGAGCGGAGAUCGCCAGCCUGCAGACCAUUCCUCUGAUGGUGCAGCUGCUCUACUCCCCAGUGGACAACGUGAAGCGCGUGGCGGCGGGCGCCCUGUGCGAGCUGGCCCUGGACAAGGCGGCGGCGGAGGCCAUCGACAGCGAGGGGGCGUCGUCCCCGCUGAUGGAGAUGCUGCGCUCCAGCAACGAGGGCAUCGCCACCUACGCUGCAGCUGUGCUCUUCCGCAUCUCUGAGGACAAGAACGCAGACUACAAGAAGAGGGUGUCCGUGGAGCUCACGCACUCCCUGUUCAAGCACGACCCCAAUGCCUGGGAGAUGGCUCAUAACGCCGUCCCCAUGGAUGUUCCAUACCCAGACGAGCUCGACGGCGGCUUCCCAGUGUAUGGCGGGUAUGCCGCUGACAUGGCCAUUGAUGGCAUGGAUGGAAACAUGCCGUACGAUGACUACAUGAGCAACAAUGCCUACGACAGACAAAUGUACCCCGAGCAUCAAUAAAGAGCCGGAACGGAGCGGAAGUGGGAUGUAAUAGAACGAAGCCGAGGAUCUACAGUAGCUGUCAGUAGAGAUUAUUCUCUUUGCUCUUAGCCUGAUGUAAUGUAUGCAACUAUCACAGAGUACUGCACUACUAAUCUCAUAACAGGGCUCUACUUGUUUUUAUAUUCUAAUUUAGCUGAUUUUAAUUGUGACAGCGAUAGUGCUUGUGGGUUUCUGUUAGAGAACCUUCCCAAGAGUGUGUGUGUGUAUGUGUGCGUGUGCGUGUGUGUGUGUGUGUGUGUGCGCGCGUGUGUCGAUGCUUUUUUCGGGUGGGUGUUCUAUGCCAAAGAGAUUUUAUUUUGUGAUGAUAAUCAUGUAGCUUCGAUUCUUCUUGUUUUUUUUUUAAGAAGAUAAAGAAGCCAAAAAAGAGGGAGAGAGAGCGAACGCGAGUAGAAAACACUGCCAGAGGCGGCUUCCUCUUCACCUGCUCACCGCUCGCUCCUCUUUCCUAACGCCUUGGUUCUCUAGGCUAGAGUUGACGCUAUAUUCUGUCGACCAUGAGCUCGUUCUUUAGUUUUUUUUCACGACACUAACUCGGCCGGAGUGAACACACGUGGAGAGAUCAGCUGUUGUUUAAAAAAAAAAAGAUGCAGUUGAGUUUAGGUGAGGUGUGUAAAGCAUUCAUUAGACAAACCAUGAGUCUACAGCAGGAGCAAACUACUGACGGGAAAAUUCAUCUUUGUACCUAAAGAGUUUUUACUGAAAUUUUGUUUAAUAAAAAUAAAGGAUAUAUUAAACACA